AUGGCGCAGGAGUUUAAAAUCAACCUUGCUGCAUUAAGAAAAAGCGAUGAGUUUAUCGUUGACAUUUUGGAGACCUCGGCACAAGUUGCUUUGUACAAAUUUGAUCCUGUUGGUCAGGAAUGGAAAAAGACAGAAGUUGAAGGCAUUUUUUUCCUGUAUCAAAGGUCAACAACUCCAAAGUUUGCUUUGAUGAUCAUGAACAGAUUGAGCCGAGAGAAUUUUAAUGAAUAUGUAUGCAAAGAAAUGGAUUUCAAAGUUCAACAGCCAUUCUUGUUGUACAAAAACUCCUCAAUGGAUAUUUUGGGAAUUUGGUUCAACAAUGCUGAAGAAUGCACAAAAAUUGGGCAAGCCAUAACAAAUUUAUAUAAAUCCCCACUUUCAGUCAUUGAAAAUGAUAAACGUGGCUCGAGCAUAAUGGAUCUUUUUGUUAAUGCGCAAAAAAAGUUUGAUGAAAAUAGCAAACUUCAAAAUGGCAUCUGUGAAAGUUCGUCAUCAUGUGCUAAAAGUUACAAACAGAAAACCACAUCGCUACCCAAAACAUCACCAACAUUUUCUCUACCUGCUGCUGUGGAGAACGAGGAUGGAGAAGCCCUCCAUGAUCCGUGUAUUGUAAAAAGUUCACCAUUACGAACAUCUUCAAGCGUUCUUUCCCAAUCACUCCCAAUUCAUUUCAAAACAACUACACAAAGAGAGUUGUUUGCUCAAUAUGAGUCGUCGUCAUCAAAUCAUUUUCCUGGUGAGAAAGUUCCAUUGCCAUCAGUUUCACCAUUUACCACUAAAGUUUCCCCAAACAUACCAGAUUCUGUGAAGACAAGAUCAAACAAUGAUCUUGGCACACCACCCCUGCUGUCUCCAAUGGCUUUUAAAACAAGCAAAGCUCAAUCUCAACAAGUGAAAGAGACAAAUGCAAAUAUGCCAGUGCUUAGCAAAGACCAACUUCAAGGAGUUCUAAUUUCUCUCUUAGAGAAGGGAUUUGUUGGUCAUUUUUCUUGUCAGAAUGACUCUGAUUUCAUGGAAAAAAUUCAUGUUGCCUAUAUGAAGAAUCUCAACAGAUGA